AUGGGCCAGAACGGCUCAGCAGUGAGCCAAGCUGAUGGCUUGGUCACUGAAACGACAUCGCAACUGAUCGAAGAGCCUGCUCAUGCUCUUUCAGCGACGCAAAAGGGAGUUGUCGAAGACGACGAAAGCAUGCCAACGAAUGAUGCAAUUGAUGAUCCUGCAGCAAGCCCAGAGCCUGCUGCGUCUCUAAAUGCACCAGCAGACCAGCCGGUAGCAUCUACAAGUCAUUCAUCAGCAGCUCCGGUCUCGGUUGCCAUCUCGACUGACUCGGCAAAACCCAAAGAGGAUGAUCUGCCAGCUGAUCUUGCCCACAUCAUCUCUGAGCGUUUCGACGAGCCCGACAAGUAUGGCGAUUUGCCCUUGGGUUCAGGAACGACCGAACGAUUGCCUAGUGUACAAGAGACCCUCCAAGUGAUUCGGUCGACAUACAAGAUCAAUGCAGAGCCAGACACAGAUGAGGUACCAGCUGAGGAACCUGGCGCAGAGCCAAGCACGGCUGCUACUGCUCGUCUCGAGACCGAACUUGCGCAUCUGGAGCAUCUACUCAGAGGGACCGAGGCCGAGCUUGGUGCACGUAUCGAAUCAGUCACGCUACCUACAGUUGUGGCGCGCAAAGGGAAAUCCAGCAGAAGCCGGAAUUCCUCCGCAUCAUCGUCAGGUCGUUCUUGGAGCAGGUCAUCUUCAUCCGAAGCGUCCUCUUCUUCUUCGUCCGCCUCUUCGUCGGACGACGAAUUUGCGCCAAGGCAGGCAAAACGCGCCAGGACCUCUGCAUCCGCUUUGGUUGACGACGAUGACGAGGAAGAGAUGUCAGGCGGAGUGCUGAAGACGCAGAACGAAGAUAUUGCGCCGCUCGUCCAGAUGCCCUCGAUCGAAUACCUACCGAGUCAUGUGCAUACCCAACCACUGGGGAUCGUCGAGAGCGUCAUCGGUAGCGUUGUCGUCGUGCGAGGCGCUGCUCAACAGAAGCCAGUGACCGGAGUUGCGAGCCUACGGGACAGUGUACCUCAGGUACCUGAUUCCGGCACCCUUGUACUCGUCGCGCCCAAAGAUCAACAGACCGAACCUGGCUAUCGCGUCGCUGGCAGUAUCUUUGAGACUUUUGGAUCGGUCGUGUCGCCUUAUUACGCCAUACGAUUGCCGAGCGCAUCUCAUCCCAAUAUCGCUUUGCUCGCCGUUGGAACGAACGUCAGCUACUCGCCCGAACGAGAUUAUGCCAGCAUGGUCUUUACGCGCGAUCUACAGUCAUUGCCGAAAGGGUCAGAUGCGAGCAAUAUCUGGGAUGAAGAAGCUGGCGAUGGUGAAGUCGAGUUCAGUGAUGACGAGGCCGAGGCUCAGUAUAAAGCGGCAAUCAAGAGGAGGAAACAGGGCCCAAACGGUCGACAGAACUCAAGAGCGGCUUCACAGUCCUCUGCGACGUCGUACGGAUCCCGGAGAAGCGUCUUGCCAGAUCCGGGCGAGCGCUCAGCAGAGUUUGACGAAGGCUACACCAUGCUGUCCCGGCCUUUACAAGCGAAUCCAUCUUCGCAUCAUUCUGAUCCGAUGCGCGAAAGUCCCACGUCACGUCAAUAUCAGCGCAAUGGCGCCGUGCAACCUAUUGUGCCUGCGCCAUCUGCUGCCGGUCUACCGAUGCGCCCGCCCGUUUCUAUACCCGCUGCUCUGUCUGAUGCUGAGCUCAGUGCGCCCAUGUCUGCCGAUCGCGUCCAGCUAGGCCAGGCGACCUCGAGCCUGGUAAGAGGUCGAGGAAAUACUCGCGGCCGUGAAAGAGGUGCAAGGCAGUCUAGAGGCGGUCGUCCACCCUCAUACGAACGCCCUCCAGCGCAGUCAACGCCUACUUGGCCCUCUCCCGUGAUGCAGACGGAAAUGCAUAGUAUGAGCAGUGGACCUGUUCGUCCCAUGUUCACACAACCGAUGGCUCAGACAAGCUACGCGCCAGUCAGUCCGUCUCCAGCUGCAAUGGUAUCGCCCGUUGCACCUUACUCACCUUAUGUCCCGCCACCGUACGCUGUUCCUUACGGCAGUUUGCCCUACUCCGGUCUGGCUCAAUCGAUCUCGUCUACAAGUCCGUACUACGAUCCUUCACAAUAUGCCAAUUCGGCACCGAUCAACGGGCGAGCGAGGAGUAUGUCUUAUACGCCUCUUCAGCCUCCGCAGGCGUCCGGCUCUUACAACAUGAAAUGGACCAACAAGGCCGCGAAGAAGGAUGCGAAGGAGUACAAGGUUGCAGUGUCUCGCUAUAGAUUGCUGAUGCGGACGAUGAGGCUCGCAAAAGUGAUGACAAGCGUUGGCGCGAAGGCAAGAAGGGCUCGUGUAAGCGCAAGCACAAGUCCAAUGGUCAAGCAGAGGCAGAAGAGGCAGGACAGACUGAUCAGGAAUGAGCAGUCAGCCGGAUGUACCGUAAUGAAUGUCUGCAUUGCGAGCUACAGAGCGAAAAGUCCAUAA